ACAUGGCACCAAGCAGGGAAUUUUAUCUCCUCUCAAAAACUUCUUUUGAACUCAUUAUCGUCGGUUUAUGUGCCGUAUUUCUGUUACCAAAGUGUUUAGCAAGUUCUAGAGCACCUGUUCAAAACCCAGAUAUAACUUUUGAAACUUUGUAUACUGAGGGAAAGGAUGCUUAUUAUGAAGAAAGAUGGGCUGAAUGUGUGUCAUUUGUUCUGAAGUCUCUUGAAGAUUACAAGUUUUACAGAAGAAACUUGGCUCACUGUCGUUUAUCCUGCAGAGCUCAGACCGGUUCUUUGGUUAAGAAGAAACGAAAGGACAUUGGUGAUAACCUGGACAUGCUCUUUUUCUAUGGUGCUGUGCAAAAUUCUGACUGCAACCGGCGAUGUCACAAGAAGUUGUUUGGCAGGAGGCGUGAAGUUACAGAUCAAGAAACUCUCAAAGCGUUUGAGACGCUUGAACCUUAUAAUUAUCUCCAGCUUUGCUUUUUUAGGCUUGGCAAUAUUAAACAAGCGGCAUCAUCUGCAUAUACCUUCUACCUGGCUAACCGUGAUCAUGAAAUCAUGUUGAAGAAUAUCCACAAUUACCGGAAAAUGGACGGAAUCAAAGAUUCUGACUUUGUCAGCUUUGAAGAGGAGAAUCAUGUAGAGCUUUUCCUGAAGGGCGUUGCAGCCCAUGAAGAAGGAGAUUGGCUGGAAGAAAUAGACCUGAUGGAGAAGGGUCUGCAGGCUUUCUAUGCAGCCCAUGAGGAGUGUGAUGUCUUGUGUGAAGGCCCAUUUGAUCAUAAAGGAUCAGCAGAUUUCUAUAGUGCAAUUGCAGAUCACUACAUUAAUGUCCUGAAGUGCAAAGAGAAGUGCCCAGUAAAGCUGUCUACUAUUUAUGGGAAAUACACUGCUGAUCACUUGUCCAACUAUUAUCAUUAUCUCCAGUAUGCCUACUUCCAAGCUGGUGACAUUCAUUCUGCCUCGCACUGUGUGGGAACGUAUCUCAUGUACAAACCUCGGGACCAGACCAUGCUAGUCAACAAGAAACUCUACAUGACCCUUGGGAUGACUGCAGAGACAUUCAAACCAAGAGAUGAUGCAAUAAAGUACCACACAGGCAAGAGUCAUGAAGCUGAAGUGAUCAAGAUGGUAGAAUCUGGUCAUUACAUGUCUGGUCACACUGAUGUGGAUGAUGGGGUCCUGUCGGAUAUCGACUUCGAGCCUGUGCCUGUUGGGGACAAGGUUCACAACCUCGGUAGAGCUUUUCUCGGGGAUGGAAACGGCAAUGGAGCCAGGUAUAAAAAUGGCAACGGUGGCUUUGAGGGCUUUAUGGACUACUUGACCAAGGAGCAGGGAGUAACGAUAACAGACCGAUUGGAUGAAAAUGAACGCCUCAUGGGGGAUGACUUACUCAAAGAGACUGAAUGCGGGGAGCUUAUUGAUGCUGCAAUGAUUGGUGGCUUUGCCAGGGAGGGCGAGCGGGAACAUCUCCGAAAUAAGCCAUAUCCUAUAAGCUUCCCACGAGAGAUCAUCCAAUUUAUUCGAGCUGACCGAGCGACGGAUGUUUUAAAGAUCGGGAAACUGAAGAAAAAGGCUGUAGAACUUUAUCUGAACACAGCUCAUCUUGUGAAAGACAUUGCUGAAAAUUACUACAACCUGACGGACAAAAAUCUGUAUUUCAGAGAUCUGCGACUGUUGUGUCGAAAAAUAUAUAAUGCCAUACCCGACACUCUUCCCAUUGAGAAGCUUGAGGAAGUGUGUUUUCUCCAGGAAGAUGGUCUGUGCCAGAGCGAAGGAUCGUGGGACGGGGUCGACUAUCAUGGUGUGGUAUAUCUCAAUGACCAGCAUGUUGGAGGGACAGUGGAUUAUUUCAUUCCUGGUGGAGGAAUUAAGAAAGUGGUAAAUCCAAGCUGCGGAAAAUUUGUCUUACACUCGCCAAAGAAAAAUGUCCACAACGUCCAUGCGAUCACAAAUGGAUCACGUUGCGUUAUGAGCAUGGCCAUGACAAUGGAAAAAGACUUGCGAGAUAUUGCUGUCAUGAAAGCCGAGUAUCAGUUACGGGAAUAUGAGUAUUUGCAGAGUACCCCUAAGAAUACUCAUUAUAGCGACGGUAUGAUGGAAUUCUAUCGGAGUCGUGGGAUAUCAGUGUCGUUAAAACCGGAGGACCUUCACGGGGAGGAGAGGUUUGUUGCGGAUGGGUUGGCGGAUAAUAAACAGUGUGACAUGCUAGUCAAACUUGCCCAGAAAGCUGCCAGACCCGAUGAUGGUUAUAUUAUAGAUGAGAACGAAACUGUUUUUACAGAAAAUGAGUUCUUUGCAGGCUUAACUUUGGGCCGCGCUGCAGAGAGCCACAGUUCGACUGGGGAUGGUUAUCAUGAGGGUAACUUGGGUACCAUUCGGCGCCCAGAUAUGAAACAGUCCCCUCAUACAAUUCACGAGACCUUUCAAGGUUUGACUGUCGACCGGGCAGCACAGUUGGCUCAAGAGCAUGUUGUUGAUGCAGAUGCUGUGCGAAUGUACAUGAAUCUCAGCGAGCUUGCCAAAGAAAUUACUGAGCACUACUUCAAAUUAGACACACCGUUAUAUUUUGACUUCACGCAUCUAGUAUGCCGGACUGCUGUUAAUGACGAAAACAAAAAUCGUAGUGACCUGAGUCACCCAGUCCAUUCUGAUAACUGCCUUCUACAGCCGGACGGGACGUGUAGAAAAGAAUUGCCUGCCUACAUCCAGAGAGACUACAGUGCUCUGUUAUAUCUCAAUGGCGAUUUUGAGGGAGGAGAGUUCAUCUUCACUGAUAAUCAACUCAAAGUCGUUUCGGAAGUGAAGCCAGCUUGCGGACGCGUAGUGGGCUUCAAUGCUGGGGAUUUACACGGUGUCAAGGCCGUCUUGAAAGGACGGCGGUGUGCAAUUGCGAUGUGGUACACGUUGGACCCAUUCUACCAAGAAGUUGCGCAUGCACAGGCAAAAAAAACCCUCAACAGUAUAAAAGGUGAGGAGAAACCAGAAGGGCCUGCUAAGAAUGAUGACGGUGGGGAGCCCAGUCAGGAUAAAGGCGUAAAGGAGUCUCGCAAAGACCGCGGUGAAGAAGGGCCUAGCCUGAAUCAUGGUGGAGAGUUAUAGUGGAUUUGAAUGGUUACAUAUUUACAGUGGUACUGAAAGGUUCCAUAUGCUGUGAGCUUUGUUACGGAAAAAACAUAUUCUACCAGUAGGGAUGGGUUUUCAGAUAAAUCACUUUUUGUGUACAACAAGCUCAUACAAAUAACUCUCAAUGUCUUUCUUAGAAGUAUGAUCCUAAGGGUGUAUUUUUGACAGCAGGUCACAUAUAAUGGAUGUAAAAUCUCAAAACUUGUUUGAAGGCCAUGCAGGUUUGUUCGUGAUGAUAUUUAUACUAUAUGAGCUGUGUUUUAAUAUGAUGGUAUUUAAUUGUCAUAUUUCGUAUUGUAAGAAACAUGUUGUACUGUAGAAAUACUCGCCAAGUUUAUACACUGCCAGGUGGUAAAUUACUUUUAUCAGCAUAUUCUGGUGUUAUGCAAUGAUGCUUGAUCCUUAAAUCUUAUGCAAAUUAGAUAAAGGUUGGGAUGCAUCCGAAACCUGUUCUGGUAAUACUCAAUGUUCUGUACAUCUGAACCCUGGUGGUAUUAAAUACGGGGUGUGUGCGUCCGUCCGAACCCUACUCGACGUUGUGUAGCUGAUAUCAGUGUUUCCCUACAUAAGCAGAACUAAUAGUGGAAAGACAUUUGAAGAACAUGUCGGUAUGAAAAUAUCAAUGUGUUACAUAUCACGAUGGUGCAUGCUUCUCAGCCGAGUUGCAGAUUCGGUUUAUUUCUUUAUUUUGAUAUACUUUAUCUGUUACAUGUCUUAAUGUAAUAGCUCUCUGGAAGAUUUUGUGAACAAAUUUUGUUUAUUGUCUUCGAGUCCUUCAUAUUGGACAGCCAACAAAUUCAUGAAUUGUGGUGCUUUUCUGACCUUGGUGCCAACUCCAGGUUACAUUUGUAGAUUAGUAUUAGUUUUAGUUUUUAACUGGAAGAAAGUCGUACUCUCGUUUAUUUCUUGAUAACAUGAAUAAGGCACUUUCAAAUGUCUUACCUGCACUUGUUCCAGGCACUACUACAGUAUUGUGGUGCAGCCAAAGUUAUCUAGCAUGUUUAUUUAGAAGUCUCUACAUAUUUCCAAUGAUGCCGGUGUUAAUAUGUGAUGAACUUAGUUUUGUGUCAAUAUUUGUCAUAUAAUUUGUACAUAUUGGAUUAUUAAGAAAAAAACUACUUAAAAAGGUAAUUUUGUCUUGUUUCAC